CCCGAAGCAUCAAAUUGUCAAUAAAUGAAAUGAAAUCCAUAACCUUUCAUUAAAUCCUCAUUCCUUGCCGAUUUCUCCUUGCCCAUUCCCAUGGCUCCUCCAAGCCUUCUCGGUCCCCCGGAGCUCUACCACGCCGCUUCCCCUGUCUCACUCCAACCAACGGAAUCAGCCCCCGUCUCACUCCAACCAACGGAAUCAGCCCCCGUCUCACUCCAACCAACGGAAUCAACCCCCUCUGGAGUCCCCUUCGUCGAUGCAAUGCUCGCCAACUUCAACAACAUCAAUAACCACUCCGAUGACAACCUGCCGCCCAUGGGCUUCACGGAGAAUAUGUCGGCGACCUUUCUCUCCACCGGCAAUCCUUGCCUUGAUUUCUUCUUCCAUGUGGUUCCUGAUACCCCUGCCAAUUCUUUGAUCGACAGAUUGAGUUUGGCUUGGAAUCAUAAUCCCUUGAUGACGCUCAAGCUCAUCUGUAACCUGCGAGGAGUUCGUGGUACGGGAAAGUCCGAUAAAGAGGGAUACUACACGGCCGCGCUCUGGCUCUACAACUUUCAUCCCAAAACCCUAGCAGGUAACAUUCCUUCUAUCGCUGAUUUCGGUUAUUUCAAGGAUCUGCCGGAGAUACUCUACCGGCUUCUUGAGGGUUCCGAUGUGAGGAAGAAUCAGAAGAAAGAGUGGGGGGAGAGGAAAGGUAAGAGUCGAAAGAGAUUGUCGUCGCCUAGGAGAGGGGGGCUAUCUGUCAGAUAUGGAAGCUUCAAGCAAGAGAAACCGAAGACGAGGAAGAAAGAAAUUCAAUCUUCAAUAGACAGGGAGGCCAACAUUUCGAAGGCAAUGGAGAAAUCGAGGAUAGAAAAAGAGAAGGCGAGCGCAGAGAGGAAGUUAAGGAAGGUUUCGAUGGCGAGGAAGGUUAUGGAACGUUUCCAAUCUGAUCCAAAUUUCCAACUCUUGCACGAUCGAAUCUCUGACUUCUUCACUGAUUGCUUGAAAUCUGAUCUUCAAUUUAUGAAUUCCGGAGAUUUCACGAGAAUCAGUCUCGCUGCGAAAUGGUGCCCUUCCGUCGAUUCGUCCUUUGAUCGAUCGACACUACUCUGCGAGAGCAUAGCGCGGAAAGUUUUCCCUCGCGAAUCGGAUCCAGAAUACGAAGGGAUUGAAGAGGCGCACUAUGCGUACAGAGUUCGCGACAGAUUGAGGAAGGAUGUUUUGGUGCCACUCCGGAAGGUUUUGGAGCUGCCGGAGGUUUACAUUGGAGCCAAUAGAUGGGAUUCGAUCCCUUACAACAGAGUAGCUUCUGUUGCAAUGAAAAACUACAAGGAAAAGUUCAUGAAACACGAUGGGGAGCGGUUUGCCCAAUACUUGAAAGACGUGAAGGACGGUAAGACCAAGAUCGCCGCCGGAGCACUGCUUCCUCACGAGAUCAUAAUGUCUUUAUUCGACGGACAGGAAGACGGUGGAGAAGUUGCAGAGCUUCAAUGGAAGAGAAUGGUGGAUGACUUGUUGAAGAAAGGGAAGUUGAGAGACUGUAUUGCUGUUUGUGAUGUGUCCGGAAGUAUGGAGGGGAUUCCCAUGGAUGUUUGUAUUGCUUUGGGUCUUUUGGUUUCUGAAUUGAGCGAAGAUCCAUGGAAAGGGAAAGUGAUCACAUUCAGUGCAAACCCAGAACUUCAUGUGAUCCAAGGGGACAGUCUGAAAUCAAAAGCGGAGUUCGUUAAGACGAUGCAUUGGGGGGUUAAUACUGAUUUUCAGAAGGUUUUUGAUCAAAUUCUCAAAGUGGCUGUAGAUGGAAAGUUGAAGGAAGAACAAAUGAUAAAGAGAGUGUUUGUGUUCAGUGACAUGGAGUUCGAUCAAGCAUCAGCCACCUCGUGGGAAACAGAUUACCAAGUUAUAGUCAGAAAAUUCACAGAAAAAGGGUAUGGAUCAGCUGUUCCACAGAUUGUGUUUUGGAACUUAAGAGAUUCGAGGGCGACGCCAGUGCCGGGCAAGGAGAAGGGGGUGGCUUUGGUCAGUGGAUACUCAAAGAACUUGAUGAACUUGUUUUUGGAUGGUGAUGGCGUCAUUCAACCGGAGGCCGUCAUGGAGCAAGCUAUCUCCGGCAAUGAGUACCAGAAGCUUGUUGUUCUUGAUUGAUCAAUCAAGAUACACAAUACAAUAAUUUUGCUGUUUUUCUUUUUCCAUUAUAGGGAAAGUAUAGAAGGAAAAAAAUGUAAAAAAUAGUGAAGAACAAACCAUGGCGUUGUGCUGCACACUCUUGAAUUCUAUAAAUAAUAUAUAUUAUUUUUUUAAAUCCAAAA